GCUGCAAAGAGGAGGCUCUGCUUUCAGAGUGCAGAGCAGCUGAUCAGGGAUUGCACAGUAAAUCUGAAGCAAAAUACAUAGUAAAAAGGAAUGUCUUUAAGGAGUGGCAACACAAUUGGGACUGCAGGAAACACAGGAUGACCCCGUUAUGCAUUGCAGCCAAACAAGAGCAGAGUCAGGACAGCAAUACCAAAGAGGACCAUGUAUUAACCAGGGGUGGGAGAAGUACGCAACCAGAUCUCAAAUAGAUAUCACACAUUGGUUGAAGGAGACCAGUAUAGUAGUGAAGACAAACAGAGUUAAUAAAGAUCAUUUAAUUUAACUUUUUCUUUUAUGGGGUAGUUCAUUCUGCUCCUAUACAGUAGGUGGCAGUAAUGCACCUUUAACGCUGGCUGCCCCCCACAAUAAACUCGUAAAAAGAAGAGGCGACAGCUGAUCAGUCAGCUCCAGAUUGCACACUCACACACCCACCAUGCCUUCCCCUAUCCCCGUCACCCGCCUGCUCCCCAAAGAUAUCUAUCCCUUCCUGGACCUCGAAACCUGCAGCAGCCCGCUGACCAGACACCCCGGCUCGACCUUACAGGUUCCCGUGCAGCGGCUCCAUGGAAAGGUCGCCAGCCGGCUCUGGUCCACGGUGAUCCACUGGAAGGAACUGCGCUCCGUGCAGCCUGCGGGAUCCGGAGGGUUCGGCUCAGUCUACAAGGCCGAUUAUUUCGGGGAGACUGUAGCGUUGAAAAAAGUGAAAAAGUGCACCAAGAACCAGCUGGCGUCCCGGCAGAGCUUCUGGGCAGAGCUGAACGCAGCGCACCUGCGCCACGGGAACGUCGUGCGCGUCAUCGCGGCCACCACCUGUAUGCCAGCGAAUUUUGGAGACGACAGCAGCAUCGGAGCGGUGCUCAUGGAGUUUGUGGGGGACAGAAACCUGCAGCAGAUCAUAUACGGUGGGUGUGAACCUCUGGAGGACAGGUGGCUCAGGUACGCCACGGAUAUCGCACACGGUUUGCGCUUCCUGCACUCACACAACGUGUUGCACCUGGACAUAAAGCCAGCCAACGUGCUGGUGUCCGGGGAGGACAUUUGCAAAAUUGUAGAUUUCGGUUGUUCUCUGAAACUGGACCACAGGUGCGAGGUGAGCUCUCUCAGUCCGCAUCUGAGCCACGUCGGCGGCACUUACACGCACAGAGCCCCUGAGCUGCUGAAAGGAGAGGGGCUGUCUCCUAAAGCGGACAUAUUCUCCUUCGGGAUCACUCUGUGGCAGCUGAUCACCAGAGAGCAGCCCUACACCGGCGACAGGCAGCACGUGCUCUACGCGGUUGUGGCUCACAAUCUGCGGCCGUCGGUCCAGGAGCACCCGGUGUUCCGGUCGGAGCAGGGCCAGCUGUGCAGGACUCUGCUGGGUCGGUGCUGGAGCGGGGAUGGCCGCUGCAGACCCACCGCUCAGGAACUGGUGCCUCAGCUGGAGCAGAUCAGCUCCCAGGCAUGAUAUGUUUUAUGCACAUGUGCACUGGCAGCUUUAUUAAAUUGAUGUGUUUUUAGGAACGUUUUAAAACGUGGACUGCCCAUGGUCCUAUCUUAAUGCCGAAUCUCGUUUAAAAAAGCCAAAACUUAAGUGCCUUCCUGUUUAUCUGUGAAAAGACAAUGAGCCUUACGAAAAUGAAACUGCUUUACUAUCAUGAGGAUGUAAUGCUUCAAUCGGCUUAUGUGAAUCUGACGACAGAAAGCUUAUUGUAAUAAAAACAGCUUUGAAAUACAUUCCUAUCGCUCACUCAGCCUGAAUAGGUGCAUUUGAGUUGCUUAACAGUAUGGAGUAAAAUGCAUUGAGUGUUGUGCAGUGAUCUGGUGAAUAUGUGGCUCCUCAUGAUUGAGCACAAAAGGUUUUCUUAGCAGUAUGAGGCUUCAUCUUUAAAAUGUCCUUUUAAUUAAGUGUACUCUGGUGCACAGUGCUCUGAAAUAAAGUGUCUACACUGCUACAGUAAAAAUAUUAUUUUAUUCUCACGUUAGUUUUAAAGAAUCACUUACAUGAACACAAAGCAGACAACAUUACAUCAUUGACAUUUUAUUCCACAACUCAAACAUCCAGGUGGAGUUACUGUAAGGGUUCAAACUGACUUAGUUUUAGACCAUUUUCUUAAAAUAUGAGAUACAAAUGUGUUGUGAAUUGAGUUGUAUUUGUUAUGUUGAGAUUGUUAUGUGAGAUUUAUGUGUGACAGGUUUUCAUUAAAAAUAUUUUUAUAAUUUA